UCGCACAGCUCGCAGCUCGUUCGCUGCUCGUCGUGGCUCGCCUGCUGAGAACUUUUUACAUAUGCGGUCAUAAAGUAUCUUAAAGCUUCAUCUUCAAGUGGGCGCUGUGUGCAGCUGAAAAUUGACAAAAAAGUCAAAAAAGAAGAAAUACAUUCAUAAGGACUACACGAUCAUCAUAUACUUAUAUUACAUUUAGAGGCUUGACUCAAAGUUCAAAGAUUGUAAUUUAAAUUCGCCCGACCGCAUAUGCAUAUUGCCUUCAGCUCGCGAGCGUGUGUAUAUGUGCGUCUGUGUGAAUAAGGAUCAUUAGAGCCAAAGAGGAUUAUUCAUCAGCAGCGAACAGAAAACUGGGGCAGCGAUAGAUAAAGCUGCCUUGUCCUCUCAGAUGCGAAUUGAAGACAAGUUCGUACAGAAGCGUCUAUAUUCCCUAGAUCAAGCAUCGAUCUAGAUCGAUCGAUCGUUCGCUCGCUUUGACAAGAGCUCUGACCAGAACCAAAGCCUCCUUUGCCAAAAGCAAACCUUAAGAGUCCACUUCUCUAGCCCAAGGCAAACGGAAAGAAAAGCUAAAGAAAAAGCUAAAGCAAGAGCUAAAGAAAAGCUAAAGCAAUCACUAAAAGCCGAAUAUAAAUCUUAUAACAAUUCAAACAAAAGCCAGCAACAUUCAAUUAAAAAUGGCCGAAGACGCUGCCAUGGAGACAUGUCCAAGUCCUGAGAUGGGCGACUCACGCAAAAGGCCGCUCGAUUCAGAUCCGGAAAAUGAACAAACUAAACGCUCACAUUUCAGUUCCGGUGAGUCAGUUUGUUCUGGAAUUGAGGUUGAAAUUGAAAAUAAUAACAAUAAUCAUAAUCAUCAUGGCGAUACCACAUUUCACAUGAAAAUCCUGGUGCCCGCGGUGGCCUCCGGCGCCAUCAUUGGCAAAGGGGGCGAGACGAUUGCCUCCUUGCAGAAGGACACGGGUGCUAGAGUCAAGAUGUCCAAAUCGCACGACUUCUAUCCAGGUACUACUGAGCGAGUCUGCCUCAUCACCGGCUCCGUGGAGGGCAUCAUGACCGUGGUCGACUUCAUAAUGGACAAAAUACGGGAGAAGCCCGACUUGACCACGAAGAUCAUCGAUGCCGAGUCGAAGCAGGCCCAGGAGCGCGACAAGCAGGUGAAAAUAUUGGUGCCCAACUCGACUGCUGGCAUGAUCAUCGGCAAGGGCGGCGCGUUCAUCAAGCAGAUCAAGGAGGAGAGCGGUUCCUAUGUGCAGAUAUCGCAGAAACCAAAGGAUGUGUCGCUGCAGGAGCGCUGCAUCACCAUCAUCGGCGACAAGGAAAACAACAAGAACGCCUGCAAGAUGAUACUCUCGAAGAUCGUGGAGGAUCCUCAGUCGGGCACAUGUCUGAACGUCUCCUAUGCAGAUGUGAACGGACCCGUUGCCAACUUCAAUCCGACCGGCUCGCCCUAUGCCACCAAUCAGAAUGCCAUCAACUCAAGCACCGCCUCGCUGAACUCCACGCUGGGCACGGCCAUUGGCGGCGCCGGCACUGCGGCCAGCCUCCUGGUCAGCAAUGCGGGCAUCAACUUGUCCCUCAACUUGAGCGCCCCCAAUCCGACGCCCAACCUGGCGUUCGCCACACAGCUGUUGGAGCACAUCAAGGUUGCCAUGCGCGGUGCUGGAUACUCGGAGACCGCCACAACUGAAGUCUGCGCCGCCCUCGGGGUGCUGGCCAAGUACGGCGUGCUGGGCAUGGGCGUGGGCGUGCCGCACACCAACGGGGCGCAUCCGACGCUGGCCAACUACCUGGGCGUGACGACGCUGGAGCAGCAGACAGCCGCCGCAGCGUCAGCGGCCACGGCCAGCAAUGUCUUCGGCGCUGUUGGGCAGGUGAACUUUGAGUACGCUGCCGCUGCGGCAGCUGCUGCGGCGGCCAAUCGGCCCACGCAGUCGCAACUGGAGGUGCAAUUCGAUUCAUUCCGCCAUCUGGGCUCGGCCACCGCGCCCGCCGCCACGCCCGUUUCGCUGAACAACAACAGCUUUGGACUGACCGGCGCCACCGGUACGGUGACUAGUGCGCAGCUGGGCGCCGCCGCCUCGAUAGGCGGCCUGAGCAAGAGCCCCACUCCGGGUGAUCUGGGUGCCAAGGAUACCAAGAACGUUGAGGUGCCCGAAGUGAUUAUUGGCGCUGUUUUAGGUCCGAACGGUCGUAGUUUAGUUGAAAUUCAACAUGCUUCUGGCGCAAAUGUGCAAAUUUCCAAAAAAGGCAUAUUCGCACCUGGCACUAGAAAUCGCAUUGUAACCAUAACUGGUCAGCCGAGUGCCAUUGCCAAAGCGCAGUAUCUAAUUGAACAAAAAAUUAACGAGGAGGAGACAAAGAGGGCGCGUCAAAUUCCAUUAACCACUGUUGUGAAUUAAUAAUCAAGCAAUCAAGCAACCAGCACAACAACAAAAAACAACAACAGCUAUCCCCCCAUAUAAAACAUACAUAU